AAGGAGGAAGAGUGGAGAAUUUGUUUAUGCUUUGCCUGAAAAGAAAAAGAAAAAAUAAAAGUGUGAAACGGGACGGAAAGAGAAGAAAAGUCGUCGGCGGAGAGCGCGUCAGCAAAAAAUGGGACGAAGGGAAGCAGCGUGAGCAUUGUUGUUCAUAAAUAAGAGAAGACAAGGAACCCAUCUCUAUCUUUCUCUCUCUCUCUCUUCCUAUUUUGAAUCAUUCCACAUUUCACAUUCACACAAAAAUCCUUUGUCACAAAUGACAGGCCGAGAAAUUCUCCAUAAGAUGAAGUUGAAGGCUGGAUUCUGCGGAUCUGAAACGGGGAGAGGUAAAAGCAAGAUGUGGAAGAACAUAGCGCACGGUUUUCACUUUGUCAAAGGCAAAGCGAGCCAUCCGAUGGAGGACUACGUUGUGUCUGAGUUCAAGAAAGUUGACGGCCAUGAAUUGGGUUUGUUUGCCAUCUUUGACGGUCACUUGGGCCAUGAUGUGGCCAAGUACUUGCAGACCAAUCUCUUUGACAACAUUCUCAAAGAGAAGGAUUUCUGGACUGACACUGAAAACGCUAUAAGGAAUGCUUACAUAUCAACAGAUGCUGCGAUAUUAGAGCAGUCGCUUAAACUUGGCAAAGGCGGAUCAACGGCUGUGACAGGAAUCCUGAUAGAUGGGCAAAAGCUAGUGGUUGCUAACGUUGGAGACUCAAGGGCAGUGAUGUCAAAGAAUGGCGUUGCGUCUCAGCUCUCGGUUGAUCAUGAACCAAGCAAGGAACUUAAGGAAAUAGAGAGCCGUGGUGGCUUUGUAUCAAAUAUUCCAGGGGACGUUCCAAGAGUUGAUGGACAACUAGCGGUUGCGAGGGCGUUUGGAGAUAAGAGCUUAAAGUUACAUCUGAGCUCAGAACCAGACAUCACUCACCAGACAAUCGAUGAUGAGACCGAGUUUAUCAUUUUCGCGAGUGAUGGAAUCUGGAAGGUGAUGUCGAACCAAGAAGCUGUGGACGCGAUCAAAAGCAUAAAAGAUCCACAAGCGGCAGCAAAGGAGUUGAUAGAAGAAGCAAUCGCUAAGAAUAGCAAAGACGACAUCUCCUGUAUCGUUGUAAGGUUCCAGUGCUAAUCAUAUAAAGCUUAUUUCUCUAUAAGCAAGUUUUACCAAUCAAGUGUGUAAGAGACAAACAAAGACAUUUUUCAGUUAAUAUAAACGCUCAAGCUGUGUGAUCUCUUGUAUAACCACCAUUGACAAUAAAAAAAUCUCGCCAAGAAGUAAAAACUUAAGAGUUGCAAGGUU